AUGCACUUCUCAACCUCCGCUCUGGCUCUCCUGGCUGUUGCUGCCGGUGUUCAGGCUGCCCAGCAACAAGAACCGCCAGUCUACAUGAAGACGGUUGCUCUGCAAGGCACUGCUCCAGCCGGCGGGGCCCAACCUAUCGCGACUGGCGGCGUUGCUCCCGUUCCUGGCAAUAACGGCACUGUCGUCCCCGCCCCCGGCCCUGGUGGUAAUGGCAACGGUACUGUCGUGCCUGCUCCUCGCCCCGGUGGAAGCGGCAACGGCACUGUCAUCCCUGCCCCCGGUCCCGGUGGAAACAGCGGUAACGGCACUGCCGGCGGCAAUGGAGGCUCUGGCUCUGGCAGCGGCUCUGGCAGCGGCUCUGGCGUUGGCGGUGUUGGUGGCUCCGGCUCCGGCUCUGGCUCCGGCUCAAGCGGCUCUGGCUCUGGAUCUGGUGGCUCUGGAUCUGGCUCCGGAUCAGGCUCUUCCUCUGGCUCGGGCUCGGGCUCCGGAUCUGGCAGCUCUGGAUCUGGCAGCGGCUCUGGUGCCGGCGGCGUUGGCGGCUCUGGCUCUGGCUCUGGGGCAGGCAACACUCCUGCCUCUCCCAGCGCGACUGGUUACACACCCUCCAACCCCGGUGCCAAGGUUUCUGUUCCCCAGCUUGGCAUGCUUGGUACUGGCCUGGGCAGCGUCGCCUACGGUGCUCUCCUCUUCCUCGCCUAA